AUGCUGAGUUUGGGGAGAUUUGGGAGUCUUCUUGCUACUGCAGCAUAUACACUGCCUCAGUACCCUGCACACUGGGCCCUGCUGUCUCAGACGUCGAAUGAUAUGGCGUCGGACGGUGAGAGGCGAUCAAAUCUCAGGUUGCUCAAGACAAGGCGAUACGCGCGACUUGCCAUGGAGACUGUUUCAGACUGUGUACUUACUUACAACGCGAGAACAGUGCCCACAGACGCUGACCUACAUGCCUUUCUUGGAGCUGCAGCGCUCAUCAAACUUCACGCGAUUGCUCUGCAACAGCCCAAGAGCAGAGAGAGUUUCGUACGACAGAUGAACGACGGUACGCUUGUCAUUCGUAAAAGGGAAGUUCCGUCGCUAAAUAUAGGCAGUUUUGGUUUUGUUGUGCACCCAUCCGUCAUCCAUCUUGUUGAUUCUCACGAAAUCUUCUCACCUCGUCUGACCAUUCUUCGCCUCCGCCCUCUGCGCCAAAAAUCCAUUAACAUCAUCAACUGCUAA